GUUGGUGUUGGAAAUGCUGAUGGCGCUGAUGUUGCUGUUGUUGUUGGCGUUGCUGUUGAUGUUGGCGUUGGUGUUGCUGUUGGCGUUGAUGUUACUGUUGGAGAUGCCGUUUCUGUUUGCGUUGCUGUUGCUGCUGGCGUUGCUGUUGCUGUUGGUGUUGCUGUUGGAGAUGCCGUUUCUGUUUGCGUUGCUGUUGUUGCUGGCGUUGCUGUUGGUGUUGGUGUUGAUGUUGUUGUUUCUGUUUGCGUUGCUGUCGUUGCUGGCGUUGCUGUUGGUGUUGGUGUUGCUGUUGGAGAUGCCGUUUCUGUCUGCGUUGCUGUUGUUGCUAGCGUUGCUGUUGGUGUUGGUGUUGAUGCUGUUGUUUCUGUUUGCGUUGCUGUCGUUGCUGGCGUUGCUGUUGGUGUUGGUGUUGCUGUUGGAGAUGCCGUUUCUGUUUGCGUUGCUGUUGUUGCUGGCGUUGCUGUUCGUGUUUGUGUUGCUGGCGUUGCUGUUGGUGUUGCUGUUGGAGAUGCCGUUUCUGUUUGCGUUGAUGUUGUCGCUGGCGUUGCUGUUGUUGCUAGCGUUGCUGUUGGUGUUGGUGUUGUUGAUUCUGUUUGCGUUGCUGUCGAUGCUGGCGUUGCUGUUGGUGUUGGUGUUGCUGUUGGAGAUGCCGUUUCUGUUUGCGUUGCUGUCGUUGCUGUCGUUGCUGUUGGUGUUGGUGUUGCUGUUGGAGAUGCCGUUUCUGUCUGCGUUGCUGUUGUUGCUAGCGUUGCUGUUGGUGUUGGUGUUGAUGCUGUUGUUUCUGUUUGCGUUGCUGUCGUUGCUGGCGUUGCUGUUGGUGUUGGUGUUGCUGUUGGAGAUGCCGUUUCUGUUUGCGUUGCUGUUGUUGCUGGCGUUGCUGUUGGUGUUGGUGUUGCUGGCGUUGCUGUUGGUGUUGGUGUUGCUGUUGGAGAUGCCGUUUCUGUUUGCGUUGCUGUUGUUGCUGGCGCCGCUGUUGCUGUUGGUGUUGCUGUUGCUGAUGUUGUUGCUGGCGUUGCUGUUGAUGUUGGCGUUGGUGUUGCUGUUGGAGAUGCCGUUUCUGUUUGCGUUGCUGUUGUUGCUGGCGCUGCUGUUGCUGUUGGUGUUGCUGUUGCUGAUGUUGUUGCUGGCGUUGCUGUUGCUGUUGGAGAUGUCGUUUCUGUCUGCGUUGCUGUUGCUGCUAGCGUUGCUGUUGACGUUGGCGUUGAUGUUAAUGUUGGCGUUGCUGUUGCUGUUGCUGACGGUGUUGCUGUUGGUGUUGCCAUUUCUGUUUGCGUUGCUGUUGUUGCUGGCCCUGCUGUUGCUGUUGGCGUUGCUGCUGUUAUUGGCGAUGCUGUUGCUGUUGCUGAUGUCGUUGCUGGCGUUGCUGUUGCUGUUGGAGAUGUCGUUUCUGUUUGCGUUGUAGUUGUUUCUUGCGUUGCUGUUGACGUUGGCUUUGAUGUUAAUGUUGGCGUUGGUGUUGCUGUUGAUGUUAAUGUUCCCGUUUCAGUUUGUUUUGCUAAUGUUGUUGGCGAUGCUCUUGCUGUUGGUGUUGCUGUUGCUGAUGUUAUUGCUGUUGCCGUUGCUGUUGCUAUAGUUGUUGUUUUGUGA